GCGUGCCUCUGGUACAGGUUCUGUUCUGCACCAUGGACUGGAGGAACACUCAACAUGAUCCUUAUGCCAACAAAAGGAAAGCCAAGACACUCUCCGUGGCUGAAAGCAUUCGACUGCAGAAUCAGAAUCUUCGCCCAAGAAAGUCAAAGGCGACAUGUCUCCACUUGUGGCGUCGCGGAGCCGCAGCGAAGAAGACACCUUUCAGAUCCUGCAGCAAGCCGCAGCUUCUGGCAGCCGCCAACUUGACGACGGCAAAGUUACGGUUUUCCAGCGUGAAACCGAUCUCUUUCCCACGGCCUCAUCCAUCGGCAGCCGCUUCUCCGUCUGCUGCGCAGAAUGACAACCAUCUCCACUGCAUCUCUGGCGACAAGAAAAUGGUCAUCAAUAACAGUUGCGUCAUCAAUAAGAGUUGUGUGAAGGGUGAGGUUGGUGCCAAAGUACAGGGGAGGAUAGGAGGAAAUUCACAGCAGCUUCAGUCACUUUGCCGGCAAGAUGGUGGUUUCGCUCUGAAGGGUUCACACUGUCAGGAGGAGAAUGCCCGUGCCCGUGGAUGCUGCCAGGCCGGCGGCAAAGUUGACGUGAAAAGUCAAAAGCAGCCCGACUUUGGCGACGGAAACGAACCUGGCAGUGUUGUGAAAGGAGGAAGUCAACUUGAAGGAGUCCGACCGGGUUCUUUCAUAUCAAAUGCUGCCACGUGUCAACACAUGCUAACAUCACGUCGGCGGGUGGUGGUCCCUCAAGUGCGUGCAGACACAGCCGGGAGGAAUCUCACACAAGCUCCCUGUGCCAAGGUGGAGAGAGAGGGAGGUGGUACAGUCUGUGUGAAGACCCCUGAUGGCUUGCAACUCUUGCGAGUAUGCCCUUCGUCCCAUGCACCAGAUGAGCGUAAUUGUCCCAGGAAGAGGGUCAUUGAUUGCGCAAAUGGACCUGCUGGGAUCUUGUGCGGAGAGUUGUGCGAGGAGAUGACCAAUGACACUCCUGACACUGUGCAGUUGAAGAGAAGCAGGCAGGAUUCACACAAUGUCAAAUUGAAUCUAAAAAAACGGCAAACGGUAUACUUGCCGGAUGAGGAGAGCCAUAAGCUGCUACAAGAACAGACCUGUCAUCCGAAGAAAUUGCAGAGUAUGCACAGCAGUCCGGACAGGAGUGGCAAUUCGGCAACUGGAGAGGUGCAGUUUGCUGUUAACGACAAUAACUCGCACGAUCCAAUCUCUGUCAAGCAGACCGAAGUCAAACAGAGUGUAGCGAAGUCCGGGAGCAGACGUGAGGAGCAAAGCUGCGUCGUAGUAUGCGCUGAGUCCCUUGCGAAACUGACGCAUCAGGAGACGGCGGAUGUUACGUCGAGUUCUACUAGGAGCGGCGUCAUGCGUCGAACUGACCCUGGGAGUCGAUCGACAGGCGCCAUCCGGUCUAUCAUCUGGCCUGGUUUUACCUGGAAGCAACUGAAGGAGUUUUUUCCAUGUGCCUAUUGCAGGAUUGAGAGAGACGAGUGGAUGGAGGACGUAAUCGAAGAGAAUCGGUUGCGGAUGGAGGCAGAAAAAGCCUGCCUUUCCUGCCAUGAGCUGUGGAGGAUGGUGAGAAAUGGACACACUGUAGUGAGAAUGCUGAAUGAGCGAAACAUCUGGCUUCGACAUGGGGUGGGGCGCAAAAAGGGAAUCGGGAUCGGUAGCAAGUUCUGCAAUCGGCAGGAGUUGUGUGCGGCUGGCCUUCAUCACAAUCACGAAGCUGGCAUUUGCACAAAGGAGGUCUUGGCUGGAUACAAGACGUUCACUGCAGCAGUAUCUAUCGUGUACGCGAGGACUCGCAAGUAUGCAGACGAUCAGAAUGAUGGAGGCGACAUCAUCAAGUACGAAGGGGAACGCGAGGACAAACGUGAAUUUUCUGUGAUCCGGCAGAUGAAGAGCGUCGCAAAUCAGGCAAUGGCAAUGAGCCAAGUCUACGACAUCCCCGUUCGCGUCAUCAGUAAAGAGAAGGAUGGUAAUAUGUACACGUACGAUGGCCUCUACAAAGUUUUCGAUCAUUACGAGCAUCGAGGGGAAAGGGGGACCACCUUGAUGUUUGAACUGAGACGUGUCCGAAAUAAGAAAGAUUUGAAGCCUUUCGAAAGCUAUUGAAUACCGACCGUCUUCGCCCAAAUAGAAAGUGAUGGUCUUUCACUUUGUAUGAUAACUUUUUUCAAGAGGGGUUUCCCGCUUAUAUGCUUUCAGCG